AUGUCUAGAUCUGGUGUUGCUGUUGCAGACGAAUCUUUAAACGCUUUCAAUGAGUUAAAAUUAGGUAAGAAGUUCAAAUUCAUCUUAUUCGGUUUAAAUGAUGAUAAAACUGAAAUCGUAGUCAAGGAGAAAUCCAACGACAAAGAUUACGAUGUUUUCUUGGAAAAGCUACCAGAAGAUGACUGUUUGUAUGCAGUCUACGAUUUCGAGUACGAAAUUAGUGGCGCUGAAGGUAAGAGAUCCAAAAUUGUUUUCUUUACAUGGUCUCCUGACACUGCACCAAUUAGGUCCAAGAUGGUUUAUGCUUCAUCUAAGGAUGCUUUGAGAAGAGCUUUGAACGGUGUUUCAUCUGAUAUUCAAGGAACUGACUUCUCAGAAGUUGCUUUUGAGUCUGUUUUGGAGAAGGUUAGCAGGAGUUCUCACUGA